AUGAAGCAAGGAAUGGCUUCUUUAGCUCAAGCUCCUCCUACAAUGUCCAUUGCUCGAACUCCACAGGUUCGUUCCAUCAGCUUACAAUUGUUAAAAUCCUCAAAGGUGCCACAUUUACUCGCCAUCCAUCGCAUCCACAUCAGACGAUACCCUUCUAUUUGUUGCACAAAGUUACCUCCAUGGGAACAUUCACCACUCACAUCGGCUCACACUGACAAAUCUGGUAAUAACUUCUUGGAAAACCCAUCUGAAUUGUUUGAAACCCUUCGUUCUGGGAAUAGGGCUGAGGAUCCAACAACUAAAGCUGAUCAUCUCACAGCUAGGACCGAUCAGGCAGUGGCAGCAGCACAGGCUCGAUAUCUUAAGUUGCCGAUGUGGGUGUUUGGCCCUUGUCUUCUUCUCAUUACAGGCAUGGUUCCCACCCUAUGGUUGCCAAUAUCCACUAUAUUCAUUGGCCCAAAUGUGGUCAGCCUUUUUUCCUUGAUUGGACUCGAUUGCAUCUUCCAUCUGGGUGCAACCCUUUUUCUCCUCAUGGCUGAUUACUGUGCCAAGACAAUGAACCUGAGACAAGUCUCCAAGUCCCAGUCUCCUUCCAAUUACCAUUUAUGUAACCUAGGUGCAACUUUGGCUGGAUUUUUGAUCCCUCUGAUGUUACUUCUUGCUUCCCAAAGGGGUUUCAUGCAACCUCACCUGCCUUUCCUCCCAUUUGCAGUUCUAUUGGGUCCCUACACGCUGCUUUUGUCGGUUCAGGUUCUAACUGAGAUGUUGACCUGGCAUUGGAAGUCACCGGUUUGGUUGGUGACUCCGGUUGUGUACGAGGGCUACCGUGUGUUGCAACUGAUGAGGGGAUUGAAACUCGGGGCAGAAAUCGAUGCACCAGCAUGGGUGAUGCACUCAAUCAGAGGCCUGGUCUGUUGGUGGAUACUGGUUCUUGGUAUGCAACUCAUGAGGGUUGCUUGGUUUGUUGGUUUUACUGCUCGAGCUAGUCAACAACAGGUUUCUUCUUCUGCUUCUGAUGCUCAACACUAA